UUGAUCCAGAGGCUUCACAAGUGCAGCUUGGCAUACACAAUGUCUGGUGAAACUGGUUCAAGUGGCAGCGAUCUCUGCUCUGUGGAUUUUGAGAUAUUUGGCUAUGUUCAGGGUGUCUUCUUUCGUAUGCACUCAGAGAGGAAGGGAAACAGCCUUGGUUUGGUUGGCUGGGUGAAGAACACAAACCAGGGGACAGUGGUGGGACAGGUUCAAGGACCACGUCAUCUAGUAAAUGAAAUGAAGAUAUGGCUGAGUAAGGAGGGAAGCCCAGGCAGCCGCAUCAGUCGGGCUGUUUUCCAAAACGAGAGGUCCAUCCCUCAACUGGAGCUCUCUGGCUUCACCACCCGAUACUGACGUACAACCCAACAAGCCACUUCUGUUUCUGAACUACCAUUCAGAAACCCACUAUUACUAAUCCCACUAAUCCCACAACCAAAGAUCAGCCACUAUAUCAACAUUUAUAACAAACGAAUCUAUAACGAUAACACAUUUUUAAAUUCCUCUUGUGCUCUAAACAAUUUGUACUAGUAAAAGGUUGUAUAUUUCUUGAAACAAUCAUAACAAAUUUCAUGACUUCAUGUGCAUAAUGUAUUAUAUUAAUGUGUGUGUGUGUGGCUGUGUGUGUGUGGUUGUACUCCAGAUGGUUGCACUCCAGUGCCAUAUAUGGGAUUGGAAACAUGGUCUCGUAAUAGCAUUUACACUGCAUGUAGCUUCUAAAUCUAAAUCCUUACAAACCCAACACAAGAAAAGAUCCAACUUUAAGUCAUAGGCAUUGAAAUAUUUUGGUAAACUCCUUUAUGAUUGUAUCAGUUCAUAUAAUUAGCAUAUAAAUUAGUACAAAUUGUAAAGUUUUACCAUGACCUCAUUUUGCUUGAUGUUCUAGCUUCGGGGUGGGUUUGUGUUUACCUUAAGGGCUAACAAUGUUCAUCAUAUAAACCCAGUUCAUUCAUUCAUUCAUUCGUUCAUUCUUCCACUUUUCCUGAUGCUCAUGAUGGCAACAGCCACAAGAAAUUAAGCAUGUGAACCUAAUCAUAGGCAUAGCUUAAACCAGAUACUCAGAUAGCAUGCCUCAUCACUUUUUAAAAGAGUUGUCCAUUAAUUUUUUUUUAAAAACUGACCUGAACACUUUCUACAAAUAUAACUAUUCAUGUUGUUAGUUCGGUGUGUUAAAAAUGUCUCUUCUACAAUAAAACUCUUGCAUCUUGCGGGACAUAAAAUAACAGUGCACCUGGACGUUUACAUGUACAUUCAGUCACAUUAUUGUAUCAUACAUUUAUUUAUUUAAAAAAAAAAACUACAAUCUACAUUGAUAUUGUGGCAUAUAAGACUAUAAAGUGAGGCUUUAUC